CCCUUUAAAUAUAAAAGGUACGUGUGCACAAAUAUAAAGGAUUGUGUGCGUUACCUAGGCCUAACCCGUCCAUCUAUACAUACAUCGUGUCACUUCACUGACGCGACAUCCGAUCUAACCGCCAUUCGCUACACGGGUAUAAUAUAAACUUUCCCCAGGACAACAUGGCCGAUCAACUGACUGAGGAACAAAUCGCAGAGUUCAAAGAAGCAUUCAGUCUGUUCGACAAAGAUGGCGACGGUACCAUAACAACCAAAGAGUUGGGGACAGUGAUGAGGUCACUAGGUCAGAACCCGACGGAGGCUGAGUUACAGGACAUGAUCAACGAGGUGGACGCUGAUGGAAACGGUACAAUUGAUUUUCCGGAAUUCCUGACAAUGAUGGCACGAAAGAUGAAAGAAGGUGAUAGUGAACAAGAAUUGGAAGAAGCCUUUAAAGUAUUUGAUAAAGAUGGAAAUGGCUUUAUCAGUGCAGCUGAAUUACGACACGUAAUGACAAAUUUAGGAGAAAAACUAACAGACGAGGAAGUAGAUGAAAUGAUCCGAGAAGCUGACGUCGAUGGUGAUGGACAGGUCAACUACGAAGAGUUCGUGAAAAUGAUGAUGUCGAAAUAGACUUGACCCCGUGGAAAUGAACUGAUCGGCUAUCUGACAUAUUCUCUCCUCAAGCUGAUUCCAAUUUCCCAGCUUGCCAUGUAUUGAGUGAGACAAGGAAUUGCUCAUUGGUCCUUGACUUUAAAAUGGAGUUACCUCCCGUUGGUACAAUGCAAUUGAUGUUUAAAAAAAGAAACUAUUGUUAAUAUUAAAUUGUUUUUAUUGG